UCGCGGGCGGGGGUGGUAGGCUGUGCACGCGCAAGCGCGGGCGCGGAGGGAAGAAAGUCAGUUUCAUUACUAUCGGAGGAGGUUUGCUCUUCUUUCCAUCAUCUCUUUCCGAUCCCCGUCUUAAUCUUCCCCCCCCCCCUCCCCCACUUCCCCCCCCCCCCCCCCUCGGUACUGAAUUUACCUAGGUUUUCCCCCCCACUCCUCCUUUUCCCCCUACCCCACCCCCUUCCCCGUCCCGGACAUGGCUAGCGAGAGUAGUCCGACGCAUGAAUCUCCGCCACUGCCGCCAACCGUGGAGCAGGAUCAGAGCUGUGGCCUAUGCGGCAAAAUGGAGAAAUUGCUGCUCUGCGGGGGCUGCAAAAGAUCGUUCUACUGCAGCAAAGAGCACCAGAAAAUGGACUGGAAGAAACACAAGCAGGUCUGUAAAGAGGCGGCGAGACGACAGGGCGACGACACGCGAAAUGCUUCGGCGAACAGUAACCACCAUCCGCCGCGGCCGCUGCCGAAGCCCCUGUCACCAGCUUCGGUCAACGGACAGCCGGCGGAGAAGAAUGAAGAGGCGACAACGGCUUCCCAUCUGGUACCCGGGGCUGGCAUCAGUUGCCGGAGUCACCGGGGCCAGCACGGAUUGAGCGGCGGCAGCUCCCAGAAACUGGUGCAGGAGUACAUCGUGCCCUGUAUGAGCAAACACGGCAUCUGUGUGGUGGACAACUUCCUGGGAGAGGAGAUGGGCGACAGUGUGCUGAGGGAGGUAAAGGAACUGCACCGGAGCGGCCAGUUCACCGAUGGCCAGGUGGUCAAUCAGAAAGGGGACUCAUCGAGGGACAUCCGGGGUGACCAGAUCACCUGGAUGGAUGGGAAGGAGUCCGGUUGCACGCAGAUCGGGCUCUUAAUGAACAGCAUGGACGAUCUGAUCAGGCACUGCAAUGGGAAACUCGGCAGUUAUAAUAUUAAUGGCAGGACGAAAGCAAUGGUGGCAUGUUACCCAGGAAAUGGAACAGGAUAUGUUCGCCAUGUUGAUAACCCUAAUGGAGAUGGACGAUGUGUCACAUGUAUAUAUUAUCUGAAUAAAAACUGGGAUGCACAGGUAAAUGGAGGUCUUCUUCGAAUUUUUCCAGAAGGAAAAUUACAGUUUGCUGAUAUUGAACCAAAGUUUGACAGGCUGCUAUUUUUCUGGUCUGAUCGACGUAAUCCUCAUGAAGUGCAACCUGCUUAUGCCACAAGGUACGCUAUAACAGUCUGGUAUUUUGAUGCGGAUGAGCGAACUCGAGCUAAAGACAAAUAUUCAACAGGUGAAAAGGGAGUAAAAGUUGAAUUAAAUAAACCGUCAGAACACAGUUCAAAAGAAGCUUGAUAUCUCUUCCAUCUCCUCCAUAUCUGUUGAGAUAUAAGGUUUAUCUUAAGAGUGUUACCAGAUGAAUGGAUGAAGAAUUACAAUAUCUGCUGCUUGUGAUUUGAAGAUGGGAAUUCAGCAACAAAAAAUCUCUUACGAGACUGGACCUUGAAUUCAGAGGCUUUGCACUGCAUUAUCUAUCUCUUGGAAGUACUCAUUUCAAGUGAAGAAUGCCAUGGUUGAAGCAGUAAUGGAAGUGGAGUGGAGUUAUGGCACAGGGGUGCCUGAAAUUAUUGAAAUGCUCUUAAUUUGUCAAUUAUAAUUUAUCUGCUAGUCACAAACUGCAGUUCUUCUAUUUUUGUUGAUUGGAAUUUUGGGAUCAUUUGCAUAAAACUUAUGGUGAGUUUAGAACAAGAAAACUGCAGUAUUGAUAUCCAUGAGGAAAGUAUUGAUUAUUUUUUGGUGAAAUCAGGCAGAUUUAAAAUGUAGUAACUUGAUUAACUGGAGAGAAAACACAAACGUUUCCGAUUUAAAUCCAGAAUGUCUUUAGUGGAAGCCACUCGCCACAAGCUGUGAAGAAAAUGAAUGAUGUUCCUCUAGUUGAGAACAAUGGAAGCACUCGUGCUCCAUUUGACUUUUCUAUUUUUGUCUUUUUUUGCCUUUCCUUGAUCAUUUUCCAUAUGUUUCCCUCUUACUAAAACUCCUUUUAAAUCUGCAACUUUUUUUUUUGAAAAAACCAUCAGUGUGCCUCCAACAUCUGCAGUGAAUUGGCUGAAACUACAGCUAUCUGCCACGGGAAAUGCUUAUUACCAGACCAAUGUUGUUGUUUAUGGUGAGACACUAAAUAUUAGAGCAAGAACUGAAUAAGACUUUUUAUUCCUGAACCCAAAGUUACAGUUUGAAGCACCUGAAGGAUUAACUAUUUGUGAUAUAUUGUUCUAAAAAUAGUUGUAAAACAUUUUUGAACAUGCUAGCCAAUAUCUAAAAUAUUUACAUAAUUUUAAACCAAGAUGUCAAACACUUGAAUUGGUUUGAAUAUUGGUCUGCCUUCAUAUUGUAUAUUUUCUUAAAUUUAGAUUUUGAAGCAGUUUCAUUACAUUAGUGACCAUUACGUCCUCAUUUUCUUCAAUCAAUCUAAAUUUUAUUAUUUGAAUGAAAAGUAAAUCAAUGAACCAAUCUUAUAUACCGGUGAAUUCCUUCCUGAUGGUGUUCAGUUUGGGUACUUUUCUCUUUGAAGCUGCAUUCACACUGUUAUGUCAUAUGUAUUCAGUACUUGGAGAUAAAUCAAUACCAUGGUGCUUUGAUGGCUUUUCCAAAUGGUAAGCACCUGUCUGUUUCCUUUUUCUGACAGUAUAUUUUAAAAUGCCCUAUGAUAGCUGCAUAGCAAAGAGUUAUACAGCAUGCACAUAAGAUAGAGUUGCUAUUUACUAUGUUUGAAUAUUAUAAAAUAAAUUGUUAAUUAUGAAAAGAACUGCUAGCUUGUAAAACUUGCAAAAAAUUAAAUCCUUUGUUUACUGAAA